CAAGACAAAAGACAGCUGAGCUCGUGGGGCUUACCUCACCCAGUUUUAGAAGCAUAUAAGAACCAAGGGGUGACCACUAUGUUUGAGUGGCAAGCGGAAUGCUUGCUCACUGCUCAAGUUCUUGGUAAUCCGAUCCAAAACCUAAAAUAACUUUACAAUUAAUUACAUGAGUGAAGAGAAAAAAAUUGUAGGUAAUCAAUAUUAAUAACAAUUUAGUGACAUUACUUCUUGUCUGUAACAAUCAUCUGAAGCAUUUUUUCUAAUUCAAAGAGAACAAAAUGAAUACAACUGAUUAACUAUGAUUUUUCAGAGGGAGGUAAUCUUGUUUAUUCUGCCCCAACAAGUGCUGGGAAAACUCUUGUUGCAGAGUUACUUGUCUUGAAAAGGGUUGUGGAGACUAGAAAAAAGGCGCUCAUAAUUCUUCCCUUUGUGUCUGUGGCAAGGGAGAAGAUGUACUCACUCCAAGUAAGUCUGCAAUUUUUUAUAGGUUAUAAUAAGUCAUUAACUUCAACAAUUUGUCUAUGAAAUUUAAGAGAAAACAUAGUGAUUUUUUAUGAACUCUUUUUAACUUUGCUUUUUUUGUGUAUUUGCCAGCGUCUCUAUCAAGAUGCAGGGAUAAGGGUUGGAGGCUACAUGGGAAGCUACUCACCAGCUGGUGGCCUGUCUUCUGUUGAUGUUGCUGUUUGCACUAUUCAAAGAUGCUGGUCUUAAAGUGUCUCAGGGAAAAAGGCGAUUGGGCAGGUUCCCUAUAUCUGCCACUUCUGUCAUUGUUAACAAAAGUAACUGGGAAAAAUCAUCAUUGCUUGUUGUAAGUUAAAAAGGAAUAGUUAUUUUCAUAGCAUUAUUAAUAGUUGAAUUAGUCAAAUGUUAUGCUAUUUAAACAUCAUUAUGGCAGGGAGACAUGAUAUGAAUGUCCAUGUGAAAUAGUAAUAUUCAUCAAUGUAAAUUCCUCAUAUGAAUGUUCCAUUAAAUUGCUAACCUAAUCUUUAAAUCAUGUAAAUUUUAAGAUAAUUAAACUUAUCAAUGUAAAGCUAAUUUGAAAUAUUUUAUUAAGGAGAGCUUAAUAUCUUAUAUUUUGUAAAGAACAUUUAAAAAAAAAAGAAUAUAUUUUACAAAUAAGAAAGUUAAAGUAACCCUUGAUCUAAACAUUAUUAUCCCAAGUAUUUUAGCUUACAGUCAUUCUUGUUAUGUAUUCUUCUAAACAUAUUUUGUCCACAUAGGAACAUAAUCAUUGUGCUGUUAAAGCAGAUCUUCAAGCAUCUUUUUCAUCAUCAUUUUCUGCAUCCUUGGAUUCUGAUCUGGUCUUGGAGGCCGAGAAGAUUGAAGCGGCAUUGAAUGUCAAAACAAAAAAAGCAGACAGUAAAUCAAAAUCUGUCCCUGUUGUUGUUGAAGAGCCCUCACUGCGGCCACCAGCAAAUAUUUCAAAUGUUAGAAUCUCAGCCUUGGCCAAUAACAGUCUUGACGUUUGUCUUAAAGAGGUCACCACCCUCCACCAAAGAGCAGAAGACGUAAAGCAAGGGACAGGCAAACGCAAAUAUUUAAAAAGUACCCCAACUUCCGUAAGUGGUAAGAAACUCACUUAUAUCAAGCCUUGUGCCUUUUCAGAAUUGUCACAUACCCCCACAAGCAGUCCAGUAGAUAAGAGAAUAAAGCAUAGUGUGAUAACUGAACACUUAUUAUGUGAUGUACAUAAGAACAUAGAUGUGCAGCCUUCUAAACACAGUGACUUUGAGAUGAAGACUCCUGUGUCUAAACAAAAAGUCAAUCUUUUGUCCAAGGCUAAUUCUGCAGAGAAACUUAAUAUUUCCAACAUAAGUUUCUCUCCGCUGUGCUCCACCCCUGGCGGCAGUGCAGAGAAUGUGUGUGACUUGAAUAUAAUGGAUGAGGAAUCCUCAGAAAUAAACGUUUUAGUUCGUAGAAAUCUAAAUUUUAGAAGCUUUCAAAAAGACAGUCCCUCCAAUAAAGUUUUAUCCAAAACAACCACNUCUGGCAAGGAAGGCUCUUAGCUGUAACAUUCUUCUCCUAUUGUCCUGUCAUUCUGAUUCAAGCUUCCAGAUACCUUGUUCUACUAUUUCCUUUACCUUGCCAGGAGCUGUUGUUGUUGAUGAGCUGCAUAUGGUCGGUGACUCACACAGAGGUUAUCUGCUGGAACUGAUGCUGACCAAGCUGGCCUAUAUCACACACAGGUAACACGUAUGGGAACGGCUGUGGGAGAUCACACACAGGUAACAGGUAUGUAAAAGGUUGUGGUAGAUCACACACAGGUAACAGAAUGAGAAUGGCUGUGGGAGAUCACACACAGGUAACAGUAUGUGAAUGGCUGUGGGAGAUCACACACAGGUAACAGUUUGUGAAUGGCUGUGGGAGAUCACAAACAGGUAACAGUAUGUGAAUGGCUGUGGGAGAUCACACACAUGUAACAGUAUGUGAAUGGCUGUGGGAGAUCACAAACAGGUAACAGUAUGUGAAUGGCUGUGGGAGAUCACAAACAGGUAACAGUAUGUGAAUGGCUGUGGGAGAUCACACACAGGUAACAGUAUGUGAAUGGCUGUGGGAGAUCACAAACAGGUAACAGUAUGUGAACGGCUGUGGUAGAUCACACACAGGUAACAGUAUGUGAAUGGCUGUGGGAGAUCACACACAGGUAACAGUAUGUGAACGGCUGUGGGAGACCACACACAGGUAACAGUAUGUGAACGGCUGUGAGAUCACACAUUUCUUUGGAUAUCUAUUUAUUUUAUCAUGGAACAAGGGAAGGUUCUAGGUGAGAAGUUUUUCAGCCCUGGGGAGCCCCAAGGAUACGCACGCUUUGAAAUAAAGCAUUUGCUGAGCACUGAAUCAUGAUUUAUUAUGAGCAGUCCAUAUGGGGGUGGGGGUUGAAAGACAAUUUCCAAUAAGAGCAAGAGAAGUCAAAUGUCUUCAUCAGUUCUAACAAAAAGCAAUAAUAAGGGGCCAUUGUAUUCAUGACACUUCUCCUUUGCACUUGCUUUUAUUUUAAAUAUAUGUAUGUAUGGCAUCUUUCCGUUUGCGGGAGACGAUAGAUUAUCUUUAUUGCUUGGAGCUCUUGGUGUGGCUGGUGAGACCAAUCCUGGAAUGGCAUUAAAUAUGUGAUCAAAUAUAUAUGUAAUUGUUAGGAAAAGCUAGGCAGGGUGCUCCAACUAUAAAUUAUUUUGUUUUCAAAGGUAAGAAAAAGCUUGUAAAGCACUGUUCUAGACGGGAACCUGCAAAAUUAUUUUGGGCUUAAAUAGUAUUUUAUGAUGGACAAAAUCACUUAUUUGGGAUGUUUUGAAUUUAUAAAGUCAUCUCCGCCAGGAGGAAUAAAAACUCACAGAGAUAAGCAGAGCAAUGAAGUAUGGGAAUCCUUCUUUGGGAUGAGUUCAUUAAAAUGAUAUAGUAAAGUUGCAGAACCGUAAUUUUCUACAAUUUUCAAUACUUCUUUUUUAGUUUGCUUAUAUCUACAUUUUUCAUAGAGCCACCAAUGGUAAUGCUGAGAGCAAAGUGCAGAUCAUAGGAAUGAGCGCCACACUACCUAAUCUCCAUCUAUUGGCCACGUGGUUGAAGGCAUCUCUCUACCAUACUGACUACCGCCCCGUGCCACUCACAGAAUAUCUAAAAAUUGACAACAAGAUACUAGAUGGUCAGUUGUUGGUGCAGAGGGAGAUACCAGCUUUGCUGACCUUCCCAGAUGACCAGGAUCAUGUGACCGCCCUCUGCCUGGAGACAGUGAGUGCUGGUCAUGCCGCUCUCAUUUUUUGUCCAACAAAAAUCUGGUGUGAAAACCUGUGUGAGUCUGUGGCCAGGAGGUUUUAUGCAAUAAUCAGCGAGAACACCAAGGCUGAACUUCAAGAGAGAAAAGGUAGUUUAUUUACCUAUUAUUAUUUCUCUAAGGCACAUGAGUUUUCAACAUUAUGGUUUAAAUGAUUUAUACUUUGUUUAAUGUGCUGAGAUCUUCAGGUAUAACAUGCAUUCAAAUUGGAGGAUGAUAAAAACUAAUGUAUUACUAGACUUGGGUUGUGAUACUGUUGAUCAAAAAGUUGUGAGUGGGGUAGACUACAGAACUAAAUGGGGAAUCUUUCAUCAAAACGAAUUUCUUCAGUUUUUUUAAAAUCAUAAUAUUUGGAAAACUUCCAGUUGCUAUGGUAUUCAUGCACAACUAAGGGAUAAGAAAUGGUUGCUGGAACAAUGUAAGCCUCCAAAUCCAGGACCAUUUCUUUUUUUAAUCUGACAGGUAUCCCAAUAUUAUAUGAAAGUACAUGAAGCUAUUUAAUAUAAUGUUAUGAAGAAUAAGUUUAGAUGAGAAAGAGAUGUGAUUAGCACAAUUAAUUUGCAUAUUGUCACAGCCUCAAGUUUUAAGCUGUAUUACAACUAUUGAUGUUAUAUUUUUCUUCUUAUUAAGUACCCUCCAAAAUCUUCAAUGUAAAAGCAGGAAAAAUGCACCUAAAAGAAAAGUAGUGAUAAGUUUUCCCUUUUUAUCAGUGGUUAAAGGCAACUUUUCAUGAAACAUUUAGUACAUCAUUCAGUUUUUAAAAUUCUCAUUCCUUAUUUUUCAUGUGCUCAAAAUGAUCAAUGGUAUCUGCAGAUGAUGGUGCACCCAUUGUUGCAAGUGGAAUAUUAAUAACCCUAGACAGAGAGGGUCUGAUGGAAACAGUUGAGCAACUGGGACGCUGUCCGGUAGGAGCUGACCCUAUGUUGGCCAGGUGUGUCCUCAAUGGAGUUGCUUAUCACCAUGCAGGUAAUAUAUCUUUUUUUAAAGUAUCUUUUGACAAUCAACAUUUGGAAAAUUGAAAAAAAAACAACAACACUAACUGCUUUUUUACAGGCUUCAAUGAAAAAGUGGUUAGUGUUUAGCAAUACUAGCCAAAAAUUGUACCUAUUCCCAAUCAUUUUUUGUUUGUUUUUUACUAUGUGUGAUCCCAGGAACAGUAAAGAUGACUCUAUGAAUGGAAAGAAACCAAAACUUGCCUCUAUUCAAAGCUUUUUAAUUAUAAUAUUUAGUUAUUUUGUAACCAUGUUUCAAAUCAUAUCCUGCAUGAGAUAUAAUAAUUAUAAUUGCUUGGCAAGGAUCAAAAUACAAAAUCUAAUAAAAUCAUCAUUUCCUGCAUAUAAUUGCUUGGCAAGGAUCAAAAUACAAAAUCUAAUAAAAUCAUCAUUUCCUGCAUGAGAUAUGAUAAUUAUAAUUUAAUUGCAAGGAUCAAAAUACAAAAUCUAAUAAAAUCAUCAUUUCCUGCAUGAGAUAUGAUAAUUAUAAAUUUAAUUGCAAGGAUCAAAAUAUAAAAUCUAAUAAAAUCAUCAUUUCCUGCAUGAGAUAUGAUAAUUAUAAUUUAAUUGCAAAGAUCAAAAUACAAAAUGUAAUAAAAUCAUCAUUUCCUGCAUGAGAUACGAUAAUUAUAAUUUAAUUGCAAAGAUCAAAAUACAAAAUCUAAUAAAAUCAUCAUAUCCUGCAUGAGAUAUAAUAAUUAUAAUUGCUUGGCAAGGAUCAAAAUACAAAAUCUAAUAAAAUCAUCAUUUCCUGCAUGAGAUAUGAUAAUUAUAAAUUUAAUUGCAAGGAUCAAAAUACAAAAUGUAAUAAAAUCAUCAUUUCCUGCAUGAGAUAUGAUAAUUAUGAAUUUAAUUGCAAGGAUCAAAAUACAAAAUCUAAUAAAAUCAUCAUUUCCUGCAUGAGCCAUGAUAAUUAUAAUUGCUUAGCAAGGAUGAAGAUUACUAAAUCUAAUAAAAUCUACUAAACAGAAAGAGCAUUUAUUCUAUAAACCUGUUGUGUCUUAUUGGUUGUCAGGAGAAUCUUAUGAAUAAUAAAAAAAAAAUAUUGACCAGGUCUGACAUUUGAUGAACGGGACAUUAUAGAAGGAGCUUUCAGGCAAGGUCAUCUCAAGGUCCUCAUUGCUACCUCAACUCUAUCAUCUGGGGUUAACUUACCAGCUCGCCGAGUCAUCAUUAGGACGCCCAUAUUUCAUGGAAAACUUAUUGACACCCUUACCUAUAAGCAGAUGGCGGGUAGAGCAGGAAGGAAAGGGGUUGACACACAAGGUAACCACUAAACACACAAGGGUGCACUCUAAUACAAGGUAACCACUUUUACACACAAGUAUACAUCCUAACACAAGGUAACCACUUUUACACACAAGUAUACAUCCUAACACAUGGUAACCACUUUUACACACAAGUAUACAUCCUAACACAAGGUAACCACUUUUACACACAAGUAUACAUCCUAACACAAGGUUACCUGUCUCCACAUUAACAUGCAAGGUUAUCUGUUUAGUCUAGCUCAACUUGAAUGGGUAUGACAUGAUAAAUAAAAGCAACUUUAUACUGACUAUCUUUCACUAUUGACCAGGGGAGAGCAUUCUCAUUUGCAAAGCACAGGAGAAAGCUAAGGCCAAAAAUUUAUUGAAAUCUGAACUUCCUGCUGUUGAAAGCUGUUUGCAGUUCAAUGUGAAAGAAGGACUCAGCAGCAGUUUGAAGAGAGCUGUCCUGGAGGUAUCAUUUUAUUGUCAACCUUAUCCUGGAGGUAUCAUUUUAUUGUCUACCUUAUUUGUCACUUUAAUGAAUGUUCAAUAAAAGAUGGGGGUCAAGCUUUUAGCAGGAGGCAUUGAAACAUUGGAAACUGCUAUUUACAUUUUAUGCAUUACAUUUAGUAAACAUUUGUUAUGUGACAACUACAUUUAUUCAUUUAUUUAUAUUGGUUUGAAUAUUGAUUGAAACCAAAAGCAUGGUUGUUCUGUUGGCUAUGAAACUGAUCCAUUGAAAAUGUACAUAAUAGGACGUCUUGGAUCUUUUUUUUUAGGAGCCAUGUGUUUGAAUGAAGGUUCAGUCUUUGAGCUGAACAGAGAGUAUAUAUACUUUUAUGAUAAUGAUAUGAUUCUUUGCACAUUUUCCAGAUUGUGGUAAGUGGAGUGGCCCCCAAAGUUGAAGAUGUUGUAACUUACAUUGACUGCACACUUUUGUCUGUGUCACUGGAAGGCAAUGGUCUUGGCCAAGUCAAAACAGCACUGGUAGAAAGCUGCAUAAAAUACCUCCAAGAGAAUGAGUUUGUCACUGUGCAAGUGUCUCAAAAAGAAGGUAAUUGGAUUUGAUACUGAAAGCUAAAUUGGGUAUUUCAUAUAAAAAAUUUAAUUUUAACAUUUUUUUCACCUGCAGCAUAACCAAUUUUAAAAUACUUUUUAAACUUUAUAAUACGAUUCACGCUUGCUUUCAUAUAAAAAUUAAUUAAAAUACGCAACAUUAAAAACAUCAACAACACCCAUUUUUCAAAGAACAUAUAACUUUUUAAAAGCCACAAUUUGCAUACAAAAAACUCCCUUUUUAAAAUAUGUCCUACAAAAUUUUAGAAUAAAUUUAUAGAUAUCAGUGUGUCAGUUCUAUGAGGAAGUUUUAUUAUUAAUCCCAUCUUUAGUUGGCUCAGAAACCAAUAUGUCAUAUUCUUAAUCCUGCCUUUAGAUGGCUCAGAAACCAACAAGUUUUACUCUUAAUCCCAUCUUUAGAUGGCUCAGAAACCAACAAGUCAUAUUCUUAAUCCUGUCUUUAGAUGGCUCAGAAACCCAGAAGUCUUAAUCUUAAUCCCGUCUUUAGAUGGCUCAGAAACCAACAAGUUUUACCCCACUCAGUUGGGUGCAGCAAUCCUCGCCUCUUCCCUCUCACCGGAUGAAGGGCUGCUUGUAUUUGCUGAACUACAGAAAGCUCGACGAGCCUUUGCUCUGGAUACAGAACUUCAUACAAUUUACUUGGUGAGUGUCACUUCUUUCAUGUCACUUCAUUCAUGAACUGCAGCUGUUUACUCAAUUCACUGUCACUAAGGUUACCAAAUCUAUUUAUUGGUGAUGUAACUAUCAUUUGGGAAAACUUUCUGGGACCGUUAUAUUUCAAGAAGAAAUCUACUAAAAGGGAUACAGGUAUUUAACCUAUCUAUUUAACAGUUCAGACGUGUGACGAGCUCUCCAGCUCAAGGAAUCCAAUCUUUGAACUUUUUUUUCCAAAUGCUAAAAUUUAAUUUUGUGGUUUGUUUUAAAUAUUUUCUUUAUGAACAAUACAAAUCUGAAUAAACCAUUUAGCUUACAAACUUAAGUGUUGGGAAGGUACAGGGUGGUUAAAAGAGAAGUAGAUUUGUUUACCGUAAAUUUUGUUUAGAACCGAUUGAACUUUAAAUUAUUUAUAAAGUAUCAUUUGUUAGAAAUGUGGCUCAGAUACUGGGGGAUGGAUGCAUUUUUCUUAACCUUUUUAGACUAUGUAUUGAUACUUAAUAAAAUUCUUAGUUAUAAAACAUUAAAAAUCAAAUUAGAUUAAGCAGAUAACAACUCAAGAAAUUAAAUAUAUAUUGUAAACUUUAAAAGCAUAUUUUAUUUUUAUUAACAGAAUUGUAUGAAAAACACCCAAUUCACAUUGUUUUGGCCAUGUUGUAUCCGCUAUGCCUGUCAUGCUACAUUUGAUAUGGAUUAUUUAAACCUUUUAUUUUCAGGUAACUCCUGUGUACACAUCUGAUGUGUCAUCGUCAAUAGAUUGGUUCCACUACCACAACCUGUGGGAGAACUUGACACCAGCUGACCGGCGAGUUGCCGAAUUAGUGGGUGUGUCAGAGUCUUUCAUUGGCAAGGCUUUGAGCGGGCGUCUGGGGAAGACAGAGUCAGCGAAGAAGGCCCUGGGUAUACAUCAGAGAUUUUAUACAGCCCUCGUGCUGAACUAUCUGGUAUGCUUUAGAUUCAGGGCUUCUUCUAUAGACAUCUUUAAAGGUGUCCUUCACCUUGAGCACUUUGAGGGAGAAUCAUUCAUUACUAAUGUACUGAAACGCUUAAUUUUUCAGUUAAAGUUUGUCUGAGCGAAAAACAUUUAUUUUCCCCAUUUUGUUUCUGGAACUGGUUAAAAUAAUUCAAUACCUUCCGUCACUUUUUAUUAAUUUUUUUAACUGAGCUCAGAAGAUAACAAGGCUGAUUACUGAUACUGGUAAUUAUAAUAAAUUAUGUAUUAUUACUUUUAAAUUAAUAUACCAAAUUAAAAAAAAAAAAUUGGUCCAUUAAUUCAUUACUUCUAAAUGAUUCUAGUUUUAAAUUUUAUUUAAGAAUAUUAGAAAUAACUUUUGUAUUGAAUAAAAUCAUUCAAAAUCUAAAAUUUUAGCAGCACAAUAAAAGUUGAUUUAAUUACUGAACUUAUUAGAUGCAAAGAUUUAAUAAAAAACAAAAUAUUUUUGAUGAGUGGAGGUCAACUGUUUAUUUGAUUUAUGAACAGGUCCAAGAAACUCCUAUCAUGGAAGUAGCAGCCAAAUUUAAUUGUAAUAAAGGACAGCUCCAAUCUCUCCAGCAGUCUGCCUCGACCUAUGCUGGUAGAUUUAUUAGUUAUUAUAUCUGCUAAAUUUUAACAGCAAAAUUUAUUAAAAGUACUUGUUGGUCUAUGGUGCAAUAUAACUUUUUGGGCUACUUUCUUAAGAAGGCUACUUUCAUAAGUGGGAAUGGUAUUUGUAUUGAUGUUGAGCCAUUUCCACAAUAGAUGACUUAAUCAAGGCUUAAAAAAGAAACAAGGUAAAUAUGAAAAUUAUGACACUGACUGAUAAAUAAGAGUUUAAGCACUACACUUUGUGUAGUAUUGAAUUCCAUGGAUAUUUGCAAGUAAGAUGCUACAUUAUUUUCAUUAUUGCAUUGAUUUUUCCUAUUGAACAACUAACAGGAAUGGUGACAGUGUUUUGUGGGAGAUUGGGCUGGCACAAUCUGGAGCUCCUGCUCUCCCAGUUUCAGAAGCGCUUAUCCUGUGGUGUGCAGCAAGAGCUGGUCGAUUUGGUGCGCAUUGAAGCACUCAAUGCAUCCAGUGCCAGAAUGUUGUACAAUGCAGGUUACCACACUGUUGCUGAUGUGGCCAGGGCGGACGCUGUGGAUGUUGAGAACCUUUUCAAAAAAGCAGCACCUUUUCAGAGGUACUUGUAAGCUUUCUUUCAUCAGGGUUGAAAUCUUGAUUCAUGACACGUAGGCUGAUUUGUGACCUACAUAAAAAGUAUUCUUCUUCGAUCAGGAUUGACACAUGACACAUAUUAAAAUUUGUAACCUACAUAAAAAUGUCAAACUGAAGCUUUAAAAAAAUCAUCUAGGGCAGUGGUUCCCAAACGUGGAUCCCCUUAUGUCUUACAAGUUAAUGGUGUUUAUUUUAUUUCCUGGAGCGGCAGGGGUGCCAAUGAGAAAUGGGCGUGGGGGGCGUUAGGACUCUGAGGAGCAUAGAUUGGGAACCACUGACCUUGGGUAUCAAGUCAGUGUAGUUGGAAGUUUUUGUUUUUAAAAAAUUAUUUUUGAGCAGAUUUAGAAAUAAAUAAUUAAUUUUGUUAACUUUAGAUUUUCUAUGGUGUUCAUGUUUCAAUCAAUUAGUCUUUGAAUUAUUCCUUUAGUUUGUAUUUUUUUGUCUCUAUUCUCUCUGCCCUUGUCUGCCCCUUGCUUGGUUCUCAAAAUAACUUUGCCUUUUAGAACAGGAAUGCUCAUUAUUUCUUGUAUACAUUUCUGCAGAUUUUUAGAAUUUGAAUGCACUUGUUAAAGACAGUGGGAAUAUUUUUGUUGAUAAAAUAUAUAGAGCUCUUUUUGGUCAAAUGUUACAAAACGAUUUUCUCAGAUGCAAGAUUUAAAAAAAAAAAGGGAUUUAGAUUCUAAAUAAUUGUUUGAAACAUGUUCUUAAAAACUGGUCUAUAAAGACUUGUAGCACCUGUGCUUUCACCUUGAAUGUAAUAAAUUACAAUCAUAUUUACCUUUAGUGAGAAGAAACAAGAUGGAGAGACAGACUGGGAACUGAAAGAGCGACGUCGUGCCAGGUGCAUCUGGCUCACUGGAAGGAAAGGUGUGACGGAAAUGGACGCCGCCUUGGUUAUCAUUGAGGAGGCCAAGGUCAUAAUUCAAGGUGAACUUGGAGUCAACAGAAUAUCAUGGGGGUCAAAGGACAAGAGCCAUUCGGAUGAAGAGUCUGACUCAGAAGAUGGCAGUGAUCUGAGGAAUAAUGAGAGUCUGGAUGGAACCGAUACUGCUCAGAGUCAGAAGGAUCCUGUGGAGAAACACCUUGAUUCAAAUGCAGCUUACCUUUGUGGAGACCAAGUUGACACCAGUCUCAGUCACCAGACAGAAUCAGUCACAGCAAACGUGCCAUGCUCUCCCAGCAGUCACUUGAAUGAAAGAGAUGUGAACGUUGGUGAACAGGCGUCCACCAAGGUGGACAGUUUGCAAGAGUCUGGUAGAGGUAACUUGAAGCUGGGUAAAGAAAACUUACCCAACAGUUUUGACGCAGUCGGAAUGAAUAGGAUCAAAUCACUCAAUUCCAGUAGGGGAGACAAUGUCCAUAAACGUAAAGGGGGAGAUAAACCUAUGCCAAAAUACAAGAGUCCAAAUCAAAGUUUGAAAAGGCGCAAAAGUGGAGAAAAAUCUUUCUUUGGUCAGGUUGUGGUCAGCCCACCUGUGAGUAUCAGGAUGACCAAUAGUCAAUUCAGGAGACAGAGUAAUUUGAUAGACAGUCCUGUGAUGGUAAAUUCCUUGGAUGCUACAGCGACGGAUAUCAACAUAAAAGAUGCUACAGCCAUGGAUAUCACCAUAAGAGACGCUACAGCCAUGGAUGUCACCAUAAGAGAUGCUACAGCCACAAAUGUCAACAUAAGAGAUGCUACAGCCACAAAUGUCAACAUAAGAGAUGCUAGAGCCACGGAUGUCAUCAUAAGAGACGCUACAGCCACAAAUGUCAACAUAAGAGAUGCUGCAGCCACGGAUGUCAUCAUAAGAGAUGCUGCAGCCACGGAUGUAAUCAUAAGAGAGGAACACAGUGAAGAAAAGCCACCACAAGUUAACAGAAGCUCUACUGAAGCAAACGUUGAUACCUCUGAUAUGAUGGAUGGUUUCCCUGCACAGAAAAGUUGCAAAGCGAACAGUGUCAUCAAGGAUGCCACAACAAUGUCAGGUCAUAGCAGACACACAGAUACAAUACAAGAGGGAGGGUGGACAACGGACAACUCAAUGAAUGAUGACAAAAAUAAACCAUCACCAAGUUGUGGUCCCGUGGAUUCAAUACAGAGUAGGAGUCUCCCAGUGGAUGAGUCUUCAGGAGGGUUAGAUAGUUUUAGUUUCAAUGAGAGCAUUGUGCUGGACACACAGACAGAAAUACUUAUCAAUCAAAAUAGGUCAGGGGCUGUGUUGAAUCAGAGUGAACCUAAUGCACCUCUUAUGCCAGUUAGUAGAUGCCAAGGGAAUUCUGUUAGGAAAAUUGGCAUGAAAGAUUGCAUGCAGUCAAAAACAACUUCAUUCGAGUCAGUUGUAAGACAAAUUUGCCAACAAAGGAGUCAGUCUAACCCUUGUAGCAGUCUAGCAUGCAGUCAGAGCCCAGAUCCAUUUUUAGAUAGUUUUUCUGAGGGCGUUUUAAAAAAUUCCAAAGAAAGGCAAUCGACGGCAUCCAAGAAUCACCCCAUCCUUAGGACAGGAGAGGAUAAUGCAGACAAAAUCUUUUCAGAAUCCCUCUUUGAUUCUUCAGAAAAACUGUCACCGUGGGAACAGAAAGUAAAUCAAGUUGGUAAACAAGCUGCCUUCAUGGAUUCUACCCCUAAAGGAAUUCUAGGAAAUGAACAUUUGGUUAAUAUUCCUUUGGUAAGAGAUGACUCUGAUGUAGAAAACGAGGCUCAGAAGUCUGGGGUCUCUUGUCAUGAGUUAGAUGACACAAUCAAUGCUGUAAGUUCUGAUAGUGAAGAUGGGGAAUCUCUGAUAGCAGCCAGCAACUAUGAAAGGCUGAUUCAUCUAGAUGAUGGAGCAAUAGAUGAAGUGGAUGAUUUAAACAGUUCAUACGCUGACCUGCAUAUUAUAUGCAAUUCUCAGGCGAGUCACAGACUUCAGCGGGGUAAAAGCAAGGCUGAAAGUAAUGAGCCUUUUCAAGGGUGUUCAAUUUUACAUGAGAAAACGGAGAGAAAUUCAGGUAGCUUAUCACCUGACGUCAGUUAUGCCCUUGGUGAAGAAGAUCUUAUGGCUGCCCUUCAAAUGAGUGAUUCCUUCAAUGUUUCUCCUGUCAUAACUCAAAUCCCCCAAAAUUUGCAGUGCAAGGUACCUCAAAAUUCAACCCCCAAAAUACCUCUGGGUACCAGAAGUGUCAAUCUCAGAAUAGGGACUUUAGACAGAAACUCCAAUAAAGCAGAGAUAACUCCAAUCAACAAACAGAAGAAUGCUCAAGUUGGUGUGGUGGCUUCUUUAAAAAAUAACAGGAAAGAAUCACAGGAUGAGUUCUUCCAAGACUCCUUUAGUUCCUCUCUAAUGGACAAAGUCAUAGCACAGUGUGAGGGUUUAGCGAAAGAACACAGGCCCAAAGAGGAACAGAAGACUACAGGACAUAAUGAGCUUGAAACAAACAUGAAAGGAACAGGCAUCAGUGACAGUGGUGGAACGAUGGAGCCCAGCUCAAACAACUCAUCACGAAAUGAUGGCAGUGACUGUGUGCCCCCUACUCCUCCUAAUGAAGCAACAAGUCUAGUCUCCCCAUUCAAGUUUUCCUUUUAUUCUCCUCUGAGACCCAAGGUUCCUAAAACAUUAGAACAUUCAGAGGCCAAGCCCGGACGGACGGAGCCUUUCACGAUAAUAAAAGAGAAAAACAAAAAGAUUUGCACAGAAAAUCAAAGCAUUAUGGAGAGUCUCAAUAGACUUGAACAACCCACAUGGAUUAACAAUAGACUUGAACAACCCACAAGGGUUAACAAUAGACUUGAACAACCCACAAGGGUUAACAAUAGACUUGAACAACCCACAAGGGUUAACAAUGUCAAAGAAUCUAUUUCAAGGGCUGGAAAGAAAACAACCAAGUCUCCACCUGGAGAAAAGUGUGUUGAACAAAAUCUUGGAAUAGCUGCAACAAUGAGAGGGAAACUAACAGUUGAAUCUCAUCAAACUGAGACAAAUGACAGCACAGAUGACAGCACAGAUGACAUGUGUGAUGUUGGGGACCAGUCACAUGCAGAGCACAACCAGGCAAUGGCCUCGCAGCUUCUCUCUCAGCAGUCCUUCACCAUCAUUGAUGUUUGUGCCAAUAGGAUUUUGUUUGAGACUUUUCUGAAAGAGUGGAAGCUGCAGCCAUCUUAUUCUUUGUCAUUGGCUUGUGAGAAGAAACCACCAGAGAGUGUAAGGCGAUCCAGCACAGGAAUUGGUGGAAAGUUUCUUAAGAAAGGCAAGUCAGCUUUUAAAGUACAAUUAAACAAAUAUAAAAAAGUGUUUUCAGAUAAUCAUAUCAUCUUGGUUAGAAAAUUUAAAAUGACAGUUCAAAACCCCCUGUUAUUUGCAGCAUAAAGAAUAGCUUGUGGAAUUUAAGAGUGAGAGUAAAAAGGUAAAGAAACAAAGAGAGCUUUGAGUUCAUCAAUGAAAGAUCUAAGAAGAAUGUUUAGGAAAGCCAUCAAGAAGUUAAUCCUAAUGAUUUUAUAAUUUAUACCAAUUACAUCAAUAAAGCUUUCACUUUCAGUCAGGCAUCAUUUAUACAAAGUACAUUGACAAAGCUAUCAAUUAGGCCUAAUUUAUACCAAUGACAUCAAUACCUUCAAUCAGGCCUAAUUUAUAUCAAUGACAUCAAUAAAGCUUUCACUUUCAAUCAGGCCUAAUUAUUACCAAAAACAUCAACAAAGCUUUCAAUCCGCCUUAAUUUAUACCAAGUACAUCGACAAAUAUAUCAAUCAGGCCUAAUUAUUACCAAGUACCUUGACAGAACUAUUAAUCGGGUUUAUUUAUACAAAGUGCAUCAUCAAAGCUUUCAAUCAGGCCUAAUUUAUCCCAAGGCUGAUGACUUUCAGAGGUAGCAUAGUGAAAUUUCCAAUUACUCAACAUUUUUUUUUAGAACCCAAUACAUUUUUUUACAUUGCAUACAGUUGUUGUAGGUUUAUUUCCCAGCACUCUGAAAAUUGUAUGUUUUAUUAACCAUUGUCAGUCAUUUAAAAUAAUGAAAUUAAGUGAUUGCUUUUAUAUGUGUUUAAAAAUACAAUUCCUGGAUAGGAAAAAAAGAAGAAUUGUUUCUUAAAAUAAGUGCACACAAUGUGGCCAAGACUUUGUGUGCCACAUUCGCCAUGCAGCACACAAAUUAUACUUUCUCUAAUCCCCAUCUUGUUCUAAAGGAAAUGUUUUAGCGAUAAGGAACUAUGAUAACUUUUAGAUUGGAUUAAAUUUGUUUAUGAACCCAAAACAUUUUUGUCUUUCAUAGCCAAGUCUCCGCGUAUCGAGGAGAGUUCUCAUGUAUCUGGUAUUCCCAUACCAGACACCUGCAGCAUUCUUAUUGGGCUCUCAGUCUCCUGGGAGAACAGAGACUCUUACUAUAUCUCCCUCAUGCCCACAGGUAUCACAGGUAAAAUUGCACUUUAAUUUAUCUCCUUUUCUUUGAAUCUUAGUUUUGUAACUAGCUAUGUGUUUAUCCUCCCAUCAUGUUAGACACUUUCAAAGAUAAUAUCAUGACCAUUGUAUCUUACUGUGCUUGCAAGGUAAUCAUAAAAAAAAAUGUUCUUCAAGUACAAAUAUAGUAUAAGAGAGAGAUAAGAUAAAAUAAACCUCUUAUAUUAGAUUAGUCCUAAUCAACUAUGUUGACAUAACUCAUCUCUGCUUGUUAAACAGUUCACAUAAAUGCACCUAAAGAUGCAGAAUUUUAGAAAAAAACUUGACCUUAAACACUGGCAGAAUGUAAAAGUGAUAAGUUUAGAUAUAGAUGAUUGUUAACUUAUCUAGAUCUCACCCUCUGAUGUUUGACAUAAGAGUUUGACAUGAGAGUUUGACAUGAGAGUUUGACAUAAGAGUUUGACAUAGGAGUUUGAGAUAAAAGUUUGACAUAGGAGUUUGACAUAGGAGUUUGACAUAGGAGUUUGACAUAGGAGUUUGACAUGUUGUUGUUCGUCCGUCGAAGUCGACAAGGACCAUCGAAUCAUCCGGUUAGGGGCGGGCGGGGGGGUUGGGAUUACGGUGAGCUCUUAGGUGGCUUGUUAGACCGAUCCUUGCUCGGAAUAAUCUAUGACACUGUGGGCAUGGAAUAGUUGCUUCAGACGAUGACCUAAUGUUGCUCUUUCGGACAAGCCUGCGUGUCUCAGCCGUGGUUAUUCUCUUAGCUUCAUGGGAUUUAGCCCCCUUCUUGACAGCAGCUCUCCAUCUGGCUCUGUCCUGGGCUGUCUGCACCCAUUGAGUAGGGUUUAUGCUGAAGGCCUUUAGUGCCACUUUCAGUGAGUCUUUGUAACGCUUUCUUUGGCCUCCUUGGGAACUCUUGCCUAUCGUGAAUUCUCCAAAGAAUAUUUGUUUUGGGAGCCAGUGGUCUGCCAUACGGGCUACGUGUCCCAUCCAACGGAGCUGAGACUGCAUCAGAGUGGUGAAGAUACUAGGUAGGUUCGCUCUAGCGAGGACCUUGGUGUCAGGGACUUUGUCUUGCCACCUGAUGUCGAGGAGUUUCCUGAGGCAGGUAGUGUGAAAAUUAAUGAUUCAGUUUCUUGGCGUGACGCUGGUAGACAGUCCACGUUUCACAUCCAUAAAGCACUGUCGGGAGGACUGCUGCGCUAUAGACCUUGAGCUUUGUUUCUCGACUUAUACCUCUCCUGUCCCAAACAGUGCUGCGGAGCCUGCCAAAUAGGGCACUAGCUUUUGCGAGUCUGCCAUUCAUUUCAUCAUCCAUGACGACAGAUCUAGAGAGGGUGCUGCCCAAGUAAGUAAAUUUAUCCACCGGGUUGAGACGCUGUCCACUGAUGAUGAUGUUGGGUUCAACGUAAGGCUUACUGGGAGCUGGCUGAUACAUCACCUCAGUCUUCUUUGUGUUGAUUGUGAGGCCAAAGUUAUUGCAGGCCUCAGAGAAGAUAUCAACGCUGUGUUGCAUGACGGCUUCUGAUGGAGCAUUAAGGGCACAUUAAAGAGUUUGACAUAGGAGUUUGAAAUAGGAGUUUGACAUGGGAGUUUAACAUAGGAGUUUGACAUAAGAGUUUGACAUAGGAGUUUGACAUAAGAGUUUGACAUAAGAGUUUGACAUAACCAUGUUGCUUUCAUGUCAAAUGUUUCCAUUUAGCUGAGGUGGAUCCCAACGACACACUGGCAGAGCCUCCUCUAGAUGACAGUCUGUCACAGAAGCACAGGAUCCAGUCUGUAUUUCAAGUCUUGGAUUCUAAUCUUGGUAACAAAUAAUAAAAUAAGAACUCUUGCCUAUGUUUUGAUUUCAAAUGACAUUGUCCUCAACUUCUUUGGCUUGGCAGUGUAGGUGGUUUGCUCUGUGAUGCAUCAUAAUGUUCAUAAGUUAAUUUGCUUAUUUUAAACAGAUGAUCCUUGCUGAAAGUUAGAACAACGAUUUGCAAGAUAGAAAUUAUUUAGGAAACAGCUGUUUAAUAAAGUUAAAUUAGUGCUGAGAGAUUUCUUCUCAGCAGUUUAGUGAUGGUAGUGAACAAUUAUUUUGCUAAAGUUAGUUUUAAAUGUGUGCAAGAUUUUUGCAAAUAACCGUGAACAUAUGAAUUACUGAAACAUUUUUUAUGUAACUUAAUUUCAGGACAAGGAGCAUCCAAACAGACAGUAGCCAUUUAUGACGCUAAGAUGGCCUAUAAUUAUCUGGCCAAGGCCCUAGGAAUAGCCCUAGCCCACUGUGAGGAUCCUCGUGUUGCUGACUGGCUGCGUGAGCCAACAGCUCGAUUGAAAAAUCUGCACAGGAUGGUUGCAGCACACUGCCCCGAGGAACUUCCUUUACUUGAUGGUGUGUAGACAACCAAUAGUUUUAUGACUACUUGGUUUGGUUUAAUGAUGUAAUUCUUAUUUGAGACAUCAUUGUUUUAUUACAGUAUUAAAAAAUGAAAUAUAUCAUAAUUAAAAAAAAAUCAAAUCAUUAUUAUCUAAUUACUGUAAAAAUACCUAAAAGAAUACACUCGAUUAAGUCUCUUCAUUUUUAAUUGUGCUAUGAAAUUGAUAUUGAACUAGUUUAAAUCAUUCAGAGUGAUUGACCCCAGGGUUGGGGGGAGAUGACUAAUGUUGUAGCACAAUGACAGAAACAUUUCGUUGUCUAAUAAAAAUAAAUCUGAAAUAAUACUGAAAUGAGAUUGUUGUCUCACGUGUUAAAUGAAAUGUUCAAUAUUCCUCUCUUGUAAUUUUCUAGUCUGACUAAAUGUUUUAAUUCCCAUAAUAUGAUGUGACUUGGUUUGUUUCAGCUGUUGGUGGAGUGAGUGGUUACCAUGGCAUGGGUACAGACAUAAAGAGUAAAAUAAGUGGCAGACUGAGAGCCAGCACAGAGAGCGUCCUCACCAUGAAGCUCAUCUCCAAGUAUCACACAAUGCUGGUGGAGGAACACUUGCUGGAUGCUCUUUUGGAUGUGGAGAUGCCAUCCUUGAUAACUUUGGCCAGAAUGGAGCUAAAUGGCUUUGGUAAAUCUAAACUUGUGUAUUAUGCCAAUUAGACAUUGGCUGAGCCCAAUCUUCAGAAUGUACCCAAAGAUUUCUCCCCUCUUUAUUCUGUCUCUGGAAAGUUUGUCCAAAAAAAAAAAAUGAGUAAUUAAUUAAUUAAAAUAUCAUAAAAUUAUGUUUCAGAAAAACUAAAUCCAAUUAUUUUUUGAAUGAGUCCUGUUGUUGGGGCAACGCCUAUUCGUUCUAGGCCUAGGUCUAAAUCACCCGAGUCCGAACUUUCGCUUUCUGUCCCACUAUAAAAAUAAUCAGAAUUAUCAUUGUCUUCGUGUGUGAUCGGAAAAUCAUCUUCCGAAUCAUUUAAGUCAUUAGCUAAAAAGUUAUCCAAAAAAUUCCUUACUGAUUUAUUUUGUAAGCCAGAUGGUCCAGCUAUGGCCUCAUCCAUUCUGCAAAAAUCUACUUACACAAAUUUGCUUGAUAAAGAUCAUUGUAAAAAUAACUCCAAAAGUUUAAAAAAAGGGCACAGAAGAGCGAAAAACGGAAGUUAAUUUAUUGAUAAAAGUAGUUUCAUUUGGUGUAAAAUAUUGGACUGGAACUUAUUCUUUCAACGCAAUUUUUAGCGGCCGACACAGUAUGGAAAGAGAAAAUCGGCCGACGACAGUUCGUGGGUUAAAUUAAAAAGCACACCACAGAAUAAAUAAACACAAAACAGUCAAGGGGUAUAAUUUAUUCAGUUAAGUUAAUCUUGUGUUAACAUUUGUUGUCUACUUACAUACGGUUAAAGAGAUGUCCUAGUGUGAAACUUUUGGUUAUGGCUUGUACACUAUGAAUAGUCAGCUUGAAAAGUUCAAGCCCAUUGGUCCUUUGCGUUCAUGGAAUCUUAGAGACGGCAAGUUCUGAGUUGGUAUCUGUCAACUAAUGUGAUCAAAUCAGUGUUAUGUUGUCACCAUAAAAGUAAUUUUGUACUCUAUGAAACCAUUCGUUUAGGUGUCAGUGAAGCAGAGUUUGAGAGCCAGAAAACUGUGAUGACAACCAAACUGACCGUGUUAGAGGAACAAGCCUACAAGAUGGCUGGCCAUGUGUUCUCGCUGACUUCUACUGAUGAUGUGGCCAAAGUGAGUGCUAUCAUUUCUCUAUGAUCACCCCACUAAAAUGUGUACUUGUACUGAGGUAUACUGUAUACUAACCCCACUGAAAUGUGUACUUGUAGUGGAGUAUACUGAAAGUUAACCUCACUGAAGUGUGUACUUGUACUGGGGUAUGCUGUAUUGGGAAAUUUGUAAAAUUUGUUCAAAGUUGUACUGGGAUAAACAGAAGUUGUUCACAUUUUUAGAUUAGUUUGCAAUAUACGCUGCAGAUCACUUUUAUAAUUUAUUCAAGGUUUAACAUCAGUUAAUAAAGUUUUUAAAAAUUUAUUUUUGGUUUAAAUUUAGCUUUUGAGAUAUGUCCAGUUGCAAUCAUUUUAAAGGUUGUGUGAUUUAUAAGGUCAUGUGUGGUACAGAAAUAAAAUGAGCAUAUUUAUUUUUUUGCACUCAUACCCAGUGAAAAAAAUUAACAUAAUCAAAGCUGAAGUAUGCAAAAUCAGAAUAAGAUAAGAUUCUUUUUUAUCGAUCCAAAUAAAUGAAAUUGUUUUUGGUUACAUAUUACAUAUUUAUUUUGAGCACAUAAAGAAAUACAUUUAUUAACCAAGAAAACAUUUUACAAUUAUAAUGAUGUAAAUACAAGAUAUCUAAAGUAUUUCUCCAACGUAGAAAUCAAUGAUCAAUGAACUUCUUUAGUGACAGUAUUGACUUCAUUAGUGAUCUUUUAUAAUUGGUGGCCACUGGUGGAGCAUGGCAGUAAAUUCGUACAGACUGGGGAACAAAAGAAUUUUUAUAUCUUUUGGUCGGAACUUUAAGAGAAAGAAUUCGCCCUGAUCGAGCUGAUUUUAGGUAUUUGUGAUGAAGAGGUUGGGAUGUAUCAUCAACAUUUUAACCACAAAAGAAUUAGAAAACCUUACUAUCUGACAAGUUAUUUCAACUCUAGGAGUACUUUGUUCAAAGCAGUGCUUAAAAUUGUGUUUUUCACGUGUUAAAUUUUGAAAGCUAUUCUGUUUAAUUUUUAAUUUAAGGAUUUUAUUUUAAUUUUAUUUUAAUGAAUCAGAUUUUAUAUAUUGAAUUGAAACUUCCCAUCAAUGGAGACCCAACCGUUGUACCACACCUUCCGACCCGCGGUACCAGGGGAAGACGUACCACAAUUGGCAGCACCAGCAAGGAGGUGCUGGAAAAAUUGCAGAAAUUUCAUCCUCUGCCAGCCGUCAUUCUUGAGUGGAGACGCAUCAGCUCAGCACUGACCAAGUCACUUUUUGCACUGCAAAAUGCUGCAAGGUAAACUACGAUGUAAUUUUUAACAAUUUUUUGUAGAUGCUCACAGAGUGAUUACAGCCAUACAACUGUUUCUUAUAUACUCAACUGUUUCUUAUAUACUCAAAUGUUUCUUAUAUACUCGACUGUUUCUUAUAUACUCAACUGUUUCUUAUAUACUCGACUGUUUCUUAUAUACUCAACUGUUUCUUAUAUACUUAACUGUUUCUUAUAUACAUAACUGUUUCUUAUAUACUCAACUGUUUCUUAUAUACUCAACUGUUUCUUAUAUACUCAACUGUUUCUUAUAUACUCAACUGUUUCUUAUAUGCUCAAAUACAUAACAACUCUAAACAUUGUUGAUCUGCAUACAAUUCAAGAAGAUUUAAUAUUUUUUUAUCCUGGGGACAAAAAUUUAAGUCGAAAAAAAAAAAAAAUUAACAAGAAAUGGUCUAUGAACAUUUCAACACUUAAAAAAAUGUACAUGUUAACCCAAAAUCUUUCAAAUUGAUAACUUUCUUGGGGAAGAUGUUAACAUUCUAACUCAAUGUAUUUUUCUGUCUCCAGGCUUUGUCCUAAACUUGAUAUGUCUCGUGUGUUCAGUGAAUGUCAAAUCUUCACAGCGACGGGUCGUGUCAGCAUGGCUGAGCCCAAUCUUCAGAACGUACCCAAAGAUUUCUCCAUUCAACUUCCAGGUAUUGAGAGUUUCAUGUCUAAGCUUUGACUUCCUAGCCAAAGUUUUAACAUCAAAUAAUUGAAAUUACAGAGCUGCUAACUAUUUUCAUUUGCCUUUGAAGUGAAAGCCAGAUUAUUUAUGAUGUGCUUUAAAUAGAGACACUGACAUUACAUGGUAAUAUUUCACUCUGGUAUAUAUCAAAAUCAUUGGCUCAUACUUCUACUUUUACUGUUUACUAAAAAAUUUUGUGAAGCAUGGUAGAUUAUUUAAUGACUUAAAAACUUAAUUGGUGUCUAGCCUUACGACUAGUAUUUUUUAAUUCCAUUCUUUAUAUUUAUUAUAAGAGUUUUAUUAUUAGUUUUAAUUAGAUUUCACAUUAAACAUUUUUAUAUUAAUAAUUAUGCAGCAGAUUUGUUUUUUUUUUUUCAAAUCAGAUUUUAUUGGGGAAAGUCCUCCCACUAGAAGUUCAAGAACAAUUGGUAUUACUAAAGGUGGUCAAACAAAACUUGCUCAGAUCAGGGGAGACAACCGACAAGAAGCUAAGAUUAUAGACCCUGACAAUCUUGUAACUGCUCCUAUCAGUAUGAGGAAGCUAUUUAUACCUUUCAAAGGUAUUUUUCUUUUUUUUUUGAAGUAUGAUAAUUUUUUGUAUAAUGUACUUCUUUCUUCAAAGUGUAGGGGCGAUUUUAUGAAAUGCCCGCAAUAGUUAAUUAUGAAAAUGACAGAUUAUAAAACAAAUUUUUUUGUUUUGUUAAUGCAAUUUAAUUACAGUCAAUCUUGAUAUAUGUGAGUAACACAAUUCACGUAUUCAACUUGCGUCUGUUUUUAAAUAAAUAUUAAAACAAAUGUUUUAAAUAGCUUUAAACUAAAUAAAGCUGUAUUCAUUUCAAUACCAAAGUAGCUCAUAGACAUGUGUUUGAUGGAUAUUCCCCUUGACCGUGACUGUGAUGUGGUGACCUUUGAUGCCGUGCAUUCAUAUUCCAGGUGGUGUCAUUCUGGCUGCAGAUUACUCUCAGCUGGAGCUCAGGAUCAUCUGCCACCUUUCAGGAGAUGUCAAGCUGGCCAACAUCCUGAAUGCCACUGAUGGGGAUGUCUUUAACAUGAUAGCAGCUCAGAUGAAAGGCAUACCGCUAGAGGAGGUCACAUCAGAUCACAGACAACAGGCUAAACAGGUGAAUGGAUUAUUGACAUUGUUAUUUUUAUCCAUUGCCCACCAAUUGGAUAAAAGGUGGUGAUUUGAAUUUUAGAAAUCAAAAAAGAAAAUGUUUAAGUUUUCAACCUCUAAAACGCGUCUAGCGUUUAUGCUAGGGUUGCACCAGUUAUCAAAAGAUCGAUUACCGAUUAAUCGGUAAUUAAUUACCGAAAUUACUGAAAUAAUUUUUAGGUAUGCUAAAUUCAUAACGCUGUAUAAAUUAUCACAGUGAUUUAGCUACAAUUUGGGCUUACAGGCAGUAAGGAUCAAAUAUGAUUAUAACCUGGUCAAGAGAAUGUGGAAGUGAGUGUUACUCUGUUGCUCAAACAUUUGAACUUUUUGCAUUUGUGCAUAGACCUGGAUAUUAACAUCAGAACAAUACUAUGACAAGCAGACUCAUCUGCAAAUUUACUUUGAAUCGAUCUCAGACGUGCAAAGAUGUAACACUUACACCAAUGUUUGCAACCAUUCUUUUCCCAUCUAAAAUGGUUUAAUGUCAUGUUGCACCCUCCCCCCCCCCUCCCCCCUCCCCCUGGCCACACAUGAGCAACUUUUCCCUUCCUUCUUUUGAAAUGAAAAUACCCCCCAACAGAGACUAAAUCCCCCUCACUCACUUUACGUUAUCUUCAAAUUAUCACCUGUAAAGGGAAACCUAUACUUUGGGAAACACUUGUUUAUAGCAACUCCAAGGGUCAAGUAUUUCAAGUGCCCCUUGCAAUGGUUAUGGGACAACCAGGGAAAAAAGCAUUUUUAGACAUUAUAUUAUUCUUUUUGAAAAAAUCUGUUUCUAAGUUGAAUUCAUUUCUAAAUAAUGAGCCUUAAUAAAUGUAUUCAUCUUUAAGUUGUCCAAAAAGACACCAAUCUAAAAAAGUGCUGUUAAGUAGAGGAAGCUAAGAUGCUGGUACAUUCAUAAUCACAGACAUGGAGACCAGUUCAUAAUACACACUUUUAUUGAAAUUUGAUGUAAACUUACGCCCUCCCCACACCCCCCCCCCUCCUCCUUCUAUUCUUCCUCUGCCUCCUUCCACUUCCCCCGUCCCAAAAUAAAAUAGUCUAAUAGUCUGCACCGCACAUAAUAUUUUAAAUCCCUGCAGCAAAGUAAAUUUAUACGCAAAUAAUUUAUCAGACUAAUAUCUUAAGUAAUCAAAGCCUGGGAGCUGUUGAAAAAGUACCAUGUGAUGUACGGUGCUAGCGCAGUUUUAACGGCUAUGAAAUAAUGGUAUAACCAAAGUAAAACAUGUCAUUAUGUCAUUUCAAGAUAUUGAAGUGUUGAUAGCUGGGGGGAAAAAAGGAGAAAUGUUGUUAGGGUUCCUUGGGGAAAACAGUAACGUCAUCACAAUGAAAAAUAGAAAGAACAAAAAUAUUAUGAUAGCAGGCUGAGACUCUUGGGCAUAGCUAAUCUAGUACAAAAUUGUUGAAAUCCCAUAAAACACACAAUUGUUUAUUGAAAUUAUUAAGAUUUAUAUCUUAUAUUUUGAGGGCAUUUUCAUAGGGCAGCUUAAUCAAUUAAACAGUCCAAAAAUCAAAUUACCGAUUUAUCAGCAAAUGGCAGAUUAGGCAGAUGAACAAUUAUCUGCACAUUGAUCAGUCCAACUCUUAGUAAUGUCGAGUGAUGCCAGUUACCAAUUACAUGCAGUAAGAAUGUGUAAUAUUCAAUGACAUUUCUAUGUGAAGGUCUGUUACGGCAUGCUCUACGGCAUUGGCCCCAAGGCCCUGGGGGAACAGCUGGGUGUAGAUGAAAAUGAUGCUGGUGUUUUCAUGGAGACCUUCAAGUCCAGAUAUCAGGGUAAGGGGGUUUAUUUAACAGUCACAUCAGAUAGAAGCAUUCAUGCAUGUAGCUUUUCAGAUAGUGGUACCUUUAGUUAUUUACAAGCAUAAUGCCAAAUAAAAAAUGCGAUAUUAAAAUUAUCUUAAAAUUUACAGAAGAUUCAGGUGGCAUUAAGAAUGUAUUUUAAUUAGACUUAUAAUUCGUGGUUGAUGGGAAAAAUUAUUGGAAUUAUUAUGGUAAAAUUAUAACCAAUAAAAGAUGGUCAAAUAUAUUUCUGUUAAUUUCAACAAACUUUAAAAAAAUUACCUUAUUGUUUUACCAUGUUUUGUUUUUAAAGGAAUAAGGAAAUACUUAAGGGAGACAGUUGAGUUUUGCCAAAAAAAUGGCUAUGUGAAGACCAUAUUUAACAGAAGACGAUAUCUGCCCUCGAUCAGAAACAGUAACCCUAACGCUAGAGCCCAGGUAUUGUGAUGGUUGUGAAUAGUUUAGCUGUAGAGACACAGCUCAUAACUGAAGGCUUGAAGUUUUUGGAUUUGCUGAAAGAACUAACUAAAAAUUGUCUUAUUAAACAUGGAAAUAUUGUUAGCUUUAGUCAAUGGUUUUAUUUAACAUGUUUAAACAAACAAAUCUGUCAAAGAUUUAGGUUUUAAAAAUAAGUUUUUUCAAACCAAAAUUUAAUUAAUUUUUCAAAGCAGGUAAAUUUAUUCAGUUUCUGUUUGAUUAUAGCUUAGAGAGCAGCAUUGUUUAGCUCACAUAAUUUGAACUUAGUUGGUCUAGAAGCAAUCAUUUGGGCUUUAGAAACUGACCCCCUUGACCAACAGUUAUGAAACCUUGAAAGUUGGUCCCUGUGAAUAUUCAAACCUGUCAUGUUUAACAAAAAGUGAAAUUAUCAUUCAGGCUGAAAGGCAAGCGGUCAACACAACUAUCCAGGGCUCAGCUGCCGAUCUGGUCAAAAUUGCUAUGUCUAACAUUGACAGGAAACUGAUGCAGUUAUUCCCGAUGACUCGCAACUGCCAUUCCCAAGUUUCUCGAGGUAAGAAAAUUUCUACAGUGCGGUUUUGUUGCAGAUGUCUUACACCUAGGUAAAACAAUAACCUUAACCCUCUCAGACACACACACACACACACACACAGAAGACCUGCUUGAAAACUUAGUGAAGUGAAGUGUCAAAUAGUGAUGGUAGCUUUUUUGUAAUUAGUCACCAGUUUGAAUUUGCUCCUCUAAUUUUUGUUUGGUUUAAAUUAGUAUUAGGAAAAUACCUUGGUAGUAUUCACCUGGAAUUCUCCUGUGAAAAACUGAAAAUGAAAAAACUAUUAUUUUUUUGCUGGAUUCAGGAAAGAGUAAAAAAUAAUAGAUUUUAAAAUAAACUGGUUUCUCCAUAUUUAUGAGGCCAUGAUUGUAUGAUUUUCUGUCGUACUUGUUCAUUUUAGCACUAUCUAUUUGAAAUGGUACGCACUGUGUUGUUUAAAUAUAUAUUUUGAGUGUUCCGUUUGCCAGAUCCUGAGAAUGCUCCAACAGCAGUAAGAGGAGCUUUUCUAGUGCUGCAACUCCACGAUGAGCUCAUCUAUGAAGUCUCAGCCAAUCAAGUAGCAGAGGUUGCCCGCUUGGUGAAGAAUGAGAUGGAGGUUGCUGUCAAAUUGAAUGUUUGUAUGCCGGUUAAGGUCAAGGUAGGACCUAGCUGGGGUCAACUAUGUGAAUAUAACGUGCAGUGA